CAAAUCAAUUUUGAACCCUUUAUUGAGAAAAUGCAGAAGAAAGCAUAAACACAAACACAACAAGAGACUCAUCUUCACUGAACUUUCUUACAUAUAUACAAAAAAACUGGGAAUGCUACCAAACGAUGUCGUUUCAACCCUUCCACAACAACAAAAACAAAAACCCUAAUUUCACUUCUCCGCCAUUGAAGAAGACCUUGCUGAACUCCAAAACCACUGAAUCCUUCAACCAUAUGGUCCUCGCCAUGCAACUUCACUCUCUUACUGACCCCAAUUCCAAAACCCUGAUCCCCAAUUUCGACCUAACUCUUCUUCUUUCCGACGAAAUUCUCCUCAAAAUCCUCUCCAAGCUUCCCAAUUCACAAUCCAAAUCAAAUUUCCUCGUUUCUAAACGGUGGUUGAAUCUUCAAGGAAGGUUGAUUCGUUCGUUAAAAAUCUUUGAUUUGAACUUCGUUUUAUCAGGUAGGUUAAUUUAUAGAUUUCCAAAUCUUACUCAUGUUGAUUUAGUUCCUUCAACUUUCGUUGUUCAUCCUCAAAACGGUGUCGUUUUAAUCACACACCGUGUAGUUUCAAUGCGGGUUGAUACAGAGUGGUGUUUCGGUUUUUCUGAGGAAGUGAAAGGGAAAAAUUUGUUACCGGUUGAAGCAAUUGAUAAGGGGUUGAAAGAAGUAGCAAAAGGGUGUCCAAAUUUACGGAAGUUGAAGGUAACAGGUGGGAGUGAAGAGGGGUUGGUUAGUAUUGGGGAAGAGUGUGUUACAUUGAUGGAAUUGGAGUUGCAGAAGUGUAACGACGAUGUUUUACGUGGUGUAGCGGCGUGUAAGAAUUUGCAAGUGGUGAAGUUAAUUGGGAGUGUUGAUGGGUUUUAUGAAUCUGUGGUUUCGGAUAUUGGGUUGACUAUUUUAGCUCAAGGGUGUAAGAGGUUGGUGAAAUUGGAGCUUGUUGGUUGUGAAGGUAGUUUCGAUGGGAUUAAAGCCAUUGGGGCGUGUUGUUUGAUGUUGGAAGAGUUGGUUUUUGUUGAUCAUAGGAUGGAUGAUGGGUGGUUAGCUGGUGUUUCGUUUUGUGAGAAUUUGAAGACUUUGAGGUUUGUGUCUUGUAAGGUGAUUGAUGGUAAUCCUGGAUUGGAGGAACAUUUGGGGUAUUGUGUUGCACUCGAAAGUUUGCAUUUUCAGAAAUGUCAAUUAAGGGAUAAGAAUGCAAUGUCAGCUGUUUUUUCGGUUUGUAGAGCUGCUAAGGAGGUUGUUCUUCAGGAUUGUUGGGGUUUGGAUGAUGGCGUUUUCGGUUUGGCGGUUGUUUGCAGGCGAGUAAAACUGUUUGACAUAGAAGGAUGCUCGUUGCUUUCAACCGAAGGUUUAGAGUCAGUGAUUGAAUCAUGGAAGGAUCUCGAGUGCCUUAGAGUUGUCUCUUGUAAAAAUAUAAAGGAUAGCGAUAUCUCUCCGGCACUCGCGACCUUAUUUCCCACGCUUAAAGAGUUGAAAUGGAGGCCUGAUACAAAACAUCUUCUACCAUCAAGUCUUAGGGAAGUAAACAUGGGAAAAAAAGGUGGUAAAUUUUUCAAGUGGACUCAUGCCUGAACUUGCUAUAUACUGUCAGAAUCUAGAAACACAAUCUAGAAACAGAUACACAUUGACACAGUGAAACUUGUUGUACCAUUACGUAAUCAUGUAGUUAGUUUAGAUGGUUAAUUAGAUACUGAAAGUUGACGACUACUGGAAAUGAAUUCGAAGCAGUCACCAGUCACUUGAUACUGAUUGACCAUUGAUGGAGAUCAUACGUUUGAAAUUCAUAGUGUCGUAUUUGACUGAGACACAAAGUGAGUCAUCCGAUCUCUGUCUGACUGCAUUGAGUCCGACAAAAUUAUAUGUUGUAUCCUUCACCUAGAGAUGUAAUCUGAUACUAUUAUAGGUUGUAUCCUUCACUUAGAGAUGUAAUUAUGUUUAGCAUAAUCCAGCUCACUCCAUGCUGAGUGACUUUACUCCCAGCAUUUUUUAUUGUUCUUUGAUGUCUUCCAUCUGAAUAAGGGACUAAAUAAGAGAUGUAAUUAUGUGUAAGAAUAACCCAUUUCACUAUGGUACCUAUGUUAUGCAGCACUUUAUUGUUGCUA